GCCAAACCUGCCGAGUCAGGAUGUGAGAGCGGCAGGGACGGCUCUGCAGCGUCCCUGGGUGCUGCCGCAUCCCGGGGUGCCAGGGGCUCAGCCUCCCCUCCUCCGCCAGACACCUCUUCCCAGGGACAGAGUGGGAAUGGGGUAGGAACCGUCAUCCACUGUGUUUGCCUCCGGCUGUCGCAGCCACUCUGCACCGGCACCAGCGCCGCUUCCUGAAACCUGCAGAGCUUCCAGCUCUGCUGAGGUUUUAUCUCAUUUUUUUUGCCUCCUGACUGUGCAUCUCCGUUUGAGCACCAGAGCCAGGGGUGAGGCGGCAAGCGGCUCCGGGGAGCCCAGGCUGGCUCCAUGUAUCCCGAAUCCACCACUGACUCCCCGGCGCGACUCUCGCUGCGGCAGACGGGCUCCCCAGGGAUGAUUUACAGCGCGAGGUACGGGAGCCCCAAGCGCCAGCUCCAGUUCUACAGGAACCUCGGGAAGUCUGGGCUGCGCGUGUCCUGCCUGGGCCUGGGUACGUGGGUGACUUUCGGGGGGCAGAUCACAGAUGAGAUGGCGGAGCAGCUGAUGACUUUAGCCUACGACAACGGCAUUAAUCUCUUCGACACGGCAGAAGUCUACGCCGCCGGCAAGGCCGAAGUGGUGCUGGGGAACAUCAUCAAGAAAAAAGGGUGGAGACGGUCCAGCCUGGUGAUCACCACCAAAAUCUUCUGGGGAGGAAAGGCCGAGACGGAGAGGGGACUGUCCCGAAAGCACAUCAUAGAAGGUCUGAAGGCGUCACUGGAGCGGCUGCAGCUGGAGUACGUGGACGUGGUGUUCGCCAACCGGCCCGACCCCAACACGCCAAUGGAAGAGACGGUUCGAGCCAUGACCCACGUCAUCAACCAGGGGAUGGCCAUGUACUGGGGGACCUCGCGCUGGAGCUCCAUGGAGAUCAUGGAGGCGUACUCGGUGGCCCGGCAGUUCAACCUGAUCCCACCGAUCUGCGAGCAGGCCGAGUACCACAUGUUCCAGCGGGAGAAGGUGGAGGUGCAGCUCCCUGAGCUCUUCCACAAGAUAGGCGUCGGAGCCAUGACCUGGUCCCCGCUGGCCUGCGGCAUCGUCUCGGGGAAGUACGACGGGGGGAUCCCCCCCUACUCCCGUGCCUCGCUGAAGGGAUACCAGUGGCUGAAGGACAAGAUCCUGAGCGAGGAGGGCAGGCGGCAGCAGGCGAAGCUGAAGGAGCUGCAGGCCAUCGCCGAGCGCCUGGGCUGCACCCUGCCCCAACUCGCCAUCGCCUGGUGCCUGCGCAACGAGGGUGUCAGCUCCGUCUUGCUGGGCGCCUCCAAUGCCGACCAGCUGAUGGAGAACAUCGGAGCAAUACAGGUCCUUCCGAAGCUGUCGUCUUCCAUCGUCCACGAGAUCGAUAGCAUCCUGGGCAACAAACCCUACAGCAAGAAGGACUACAGAUCCUAAGCGCGCGCCCGAGCGCGCCGCCCACCGCGCAGCCCUCGCCGCCCGUUCGCUUGCUUACGCUUUGUUGGAGCAAAGUGGAGAGUGUGGUUUGCACCGCGAGCCCGACGCUGCGAGCGCCAAGAGCCAGCGCUCCCGCCCGCCGCUGCCCCGGACCAUCGUACCGCUUCCACCCGGCGUGGCUCUGGAGCACGGGGACGGCCGCUGGCGGGGAGCGCACGAGGGCGAGCUCCGAGCUGCCCGGCCGCCCUGCCCGCAGCCGAAGGCGCCACCGGCGCGGCACGGGGACCCGUUGCAUGCGUCGCUCCCGCCCCCUGCGUUGCUGGAGGCGGCGGGCGCGGGGGCGCGGGCGGGUGCUGUACGCCCACGAGGCCGACAACACGAAGCUGUUCCCCAGCCUGCGCUCCGCCCCUCGCCUCUGCCCUGCCCGCGUCGCGCCGGCGUCACCAACCUGCCACCGGCACCGCGGGGCUGCAGGCCCACGGGAGGGAGUACCUGCUCCCGGGGGAUGGGGAGGGAUUGGGGGCAGGGGGGGCAGCCACCCGCCCAGGGAUCGGGGUGGGGGGAGCGCGUGAGCGUGCACGUACAGACACGCACAUAUAGCCAUCCCUGUAUCUGUACACGUUGUGUGCAGACAGCUACGUGCAGCUGCGUAGAUACAACGCUUCAUCCACAAGUUCCUUUAGCUACCUUUACGUAUAGAUGCACCUAUAUACGCACACACACAAUUACAAAUGUAUAUACGCACACACGGAUACAUCUACAGCUGGAUCUAGAGCUGAAGCCCUGUCCCUCCCUCCAUCCCUCCACCAACCCGUGUACAGAUACCCACACCUAUGCAGGCAGGCAGAGGUAUGUAGAUACGUAUGCACACAUCUAUGAAAAUUACAUAUAUAAUAUGUAUACAACCAUAGAAAUGUGGAUGUGUAUUUGUGUAUACAGACAUGUAUAGCUAUAUGUAUAUAUCCAUAUAUGUAGAUCUAUAGCUGUGUACCUAUCCGUGUAAAUAUAUUGAUAUAGCUACAUAUAUAUUUCUAUGUAUAUAAAUGCACACAUCUAUGAAAAUUACAGAUAUACACAGA